GAGUCGGUGAUUGAGAGGUUUUGGGGCUGGCCUGGCCAAGAGAACGAGUGAUUACGAAGGAGGAGAGAAGAGGGAUCUAUUGGGGGCCCUUGGACGAGGAGGUUUCCCAUUUGAUAGAUUAGACACGGACCAGGCUUGUUUGAAUGAAGGAGGGUGGGAUGGGCAUGGACGUUUGGAUGAGAAGCCCCCCCCCCCGAACGGUUGGCUGGCUUGCUUGGAGCAAAUACGCACGCAAAGGCUCUUUCAAGUGCCUGCGCUGUGGUUGGAUUGCGUCAACGAACGAGCAUGACCCGACAGCUGCUCUAAAGUAUAUUGAUUGCGCGCAUCCCGAAGACCCAUGCAAACAAAUAUUCCCCAGGACAUGCAGGGUUUGUGGGCAGGAUCCAGUACAUUGCAUUUCGAUGCCAGAGGAGCUUCCCUUGCCGUGUGAAUACGUACUGCGAGAGCAUUGUUCCGGGGCGCCCAGACGUAUACUCGGCCGAGCUGAGGGGAGGGAUUCCCAUGGCAAUGCAACAGGUUGGCGAGCGGUAUGGCCGAGCCCGCAGCCCGCAGACGAAUGUGCAAGGACAAGCGUCGGCCAUGCCAUGUGCUGCAAAUGCCGAUGUUGAUGCCGAUGCUGAUGCCGAUGCUGAUGGAUGCUGAUGCUCAUGCCGAGGCGCAUAUUCGGAUCCUUGGAUGGUGCCGAUGGAUGGUGAUGAGGGAUGCUAGUGCCUCUGCCACGCCUCUACCAUGGUUAUGCCUGAUCUAUGCCAUGUCAUGUUCGAUUCAGCUGGCCCUGUGGUUUCUGGUUGGGUGGCCC